AUGAGCUGGUAAGUGAAGCUGCUGCCUGCUGCCUGCCCAAGGAUCCUUGGUGGGCAACAGGGAACACCCCAGGUAAGUGUGACUCGUGAUGAGGAAGGGGACACAGGAGCUGGACCUGCAAAGGCUGUUGGGUGGACCUUCAGGGCCUUGGGAUAACGAUGGUGCAGAGGACAGGGACCCGGACCCCCACUGUCUCCAAGCUCCACACAACAUUUAUGCCCCAGACUCCAGGGGCAACUUUUUCCGUGAUGGGAAAACCAAAAUCGACUUCGUGCUCGUGUGGGAGGAGAAACUGAGACCCCCGCGGCGGACAGAGCGACAGCGCCUCCUGCAGCGACGCUGGCGGGAUAAAUUCCAGCGGAACCUGCUCGCGGCGGGGCUGCUCCUGGAGGAGGAGCGCAGUUCCGUAGAGCGCGGCGCCCGCGCCCUGCACUUCGCCAAGCUGAGCGCGCCCUGGGAGCUGCUCGUGUUCUACGCCGAAGAACUGAGCCUGCGUGCACCGCUGCAGGCUCGACCCAACCCGGAUUCGGACGGCUCGGCCGAGUUGCUGCUGCGCCUGCGCUUGCGCAACCCCCUCCAGCAGCACGUGCCCAACAAGCCCCUGGACUUCUACACCUGCACCUUCCGGCGCUCCAAGCUAGACAAAUUCCUGGGCAGCGAUUGCCACGACUCUUACUUCUCCAACACACAGAGGCACCGAGUGGUGGCAGAGAUCUUGGCCCGCACACUGUAUGGGAAGCAGAAAUGGGCAGAGAUGGGCAUUGCCCGGCUUCUGGUGGAAGGAGUCUACACGGCAGCUUUCCCACUGCACGAGGGCCCCUUUGAACUGCCGGGGUACCAGGUGCCUGGUGCAGACCUGAACCCUCGCCAAUUGCUCUACUCGUACUGGGCCCGCUGGGGAUGCUGGUACAAAUACCAGCCCCUGGACCAUGUACGAGAGUACUUUGGGGAGAAGGUGGCCAUCUAUUUUGCCUGGCUAGGCUUCUACACAGCCUGGCUGCUGCCUGCUGCCCUUGUGGGCACUUUGGUCUUCCUCUCUGGCCUUAUGACCAUGGACACCAACACACCAGCGGAAGAGAUCUGUGCCAGUGGGGGUACCUACCUCAUGUGCCCACUCUGUGAUACCUGUGCCACAUGGAACAUUUCUGAGAUCUGCCCCAUGGCUAGGAUGGGCUACCUGUUUGAUCAUCCAGGGACCGUGUUCUUCAGCAUCUUCAUGUCCUUCUGGGCCAUGGCCUUCCUGGAGCACUGGAAGCGGAAAAGCACCACCCUGGCCCACCACUGGGACUGCAGUGACUUCCAGGAAGAGGAGGAGUGCCCUCGCCCAGAAUUUGCUGCGCUGGCCCCACAGAUGGCCCGGAACCCAGUGACAGGCCUGAGGGAGCCCUACUUCCCACCCCUCUCCCGCCUUCCCCGCCUGCUCACUGGUUCUGCUGCCAUCCUCAUCAUGCUCUGCGUGGUGAUGAUCUUCCUGGUGUCUGUCAUCAUUUACCGUGGCAUCAUCAGCAUUGCCAUGUUCCACACAGGCAACCCUGUCCUCAUGACCCAGGCUGGCAACAUUGCCAACAUCAGCAGCACCGUGCUCAACUUGGUAUUGAUCCUGCUCCUGGGCCAGGUCUAUACCUCGCUGGCUGAACAGCUCACCAGAUGGGAGAUGCACAGAACUCAGACCCUCCAUGAAGAUGCCUUCACUCUCAAAGUCUUCAUCUUUCAGUUUGUCAAUUUCUACUCCUCGCCCUUCUAUGUGGCCUUCUUCAAAGGCAGGUUUGUGGGAUACCCUGGUCAAUACGGCACGCUGCUCGGCCUGCGAAAUGAGGAUUGCGGCCCUGGAGGCUGCCUUCUCGAGCUCGCUCAGCAGCUUUUCAUCAUCAUGGUGGGCAAACAGCUGGUCAGCAACAUGGAGGAGUUCGUCCUACCGAAGCUGAAGGCCUGGUGGCAGAAAAGGCAACUGGCAGGACUGCGGGACACCCAAAUCGGGCAGGAGCUGCGGCGCUGGGAGGAGGACUAUGAGCUCAUCGAGUGUGAGGGCCUGUUCGAUGAAUACCUGGAAAUGGUGCUGCAGUUUGGGUUUAUCACCAUCUUCGUGGCAGCCUUCCCACUGGCGCCCCUGUUUGCUCUGCUCAACAACUGGGUGGAGAUCCGCCUGGACGCCCACAAAUUCGUCUGCGAGUACCGGAGGCCAGUGGCUGAGCGGGCUCAGGGCAUUGGGAUCUGGCUGCUCCUGCUUGAAGCCAUGGCCCAUCUCUCAGUCAUUGUGAAUGCUUUCCUCAUCGCCUUCACCUCAGACUUUCUGCCGCGUCUCCUGUACCAGUACGAACAGCACAGCCAGCUGCGCGGCUACAUCAACUUCACGCUGGCGCCAGCACCUCCCGCCUACCUUGCCCAGGGCAACCACACACCCUGCAGGUACAAGGCCUUUCGCGACGCGCAGGGGAAUCUCACCCUCUUCUACUGGAAACUUCUGGCUGUGCGCUUGGGCUUUAUCAUCGCCUUCGAGCACGUGGUGUUCUUCUUCCUGAGCCUCAUCGCUUGGCUCGUGCCCGACGUGCCAGCCGGCCUGGCUACCAAGAUCAAGCGCGAGCGCUACUUGGCCAAGCAGGCACUAGCGGACAACCGGGAAGCGCUGCUCUCAGUUCGUUCGGCCCACUGACCCUGACUGUAGGCCCUCUGACUGUGCC